AUGAAUUCUGAUAUUUUCGGUGGGGUAGACGCUAUAGUUAAGUACGUCCUCGAAGGUCAUGAUAGAGGAGUAAUCUGGGCUUCUUUUCAUCCCACCCUUCCUCUCAUCGUCUCCGGUGCAGAUGACCGCCAAGUAAAGCUGUGGCGUAUGAAUGAAACUAAAGCUUGGGAGGUGGACACAUUACGAGGCCACAUGAAUAAUGUUUCAUCUGUAAUGUUUCCAUGCAAAACAGGACAUCAUUCGGGACAUGAUAACGGUAUGAUUGUGUUAAAACUUGAGAGAGAACGUCUUGCAUUUGCUUUGAGUAGUGAUUCUUUGUUUUAUGAAAAGGAUAGAUUUUUGCGGACUUUAUCAUACAGUCCGACAGAAAAUGCAGUUUUGAUCUGCUCAGAUCUGGAUGGUGGUUCAUAUAUGUUGUACAUCAUACCGAAAGAUAACGUUGGCAGGAGUGACGUUGUGCAAGAUGCAAAGAGAGGGACAGGUGACUUCUCAUGUCCUUACUGCACCGCCCGGUUUGUACUAAGCGAGGAAGGAAACAUCUGCACGGUCUAUGAUGUUGCGGUCAUUAGCGCAGACACAUCUGGUUUGCUAUGGUCUCCUUCUCUAGUCUAG